AUGUCGCAGCCACCUCAAACUACGCAGCCAAGCCCUGGUAACCAGCUUUACCCCGACAUGCCGGCAAUGCGAGCUCCGGGUUUGGAGUUUGUGUAUCGCCUUGUCGCCAAGAUGCACCCAACCAAUGGCUACGAUAUUGAGAAUAUACAGGGCACAGGAAUCACGAGGUCAAUUGCUGGUAUUGAGUCUGGGACUGUAAAGGGACCAGGUAUAGAGGGCACCCUUGUCGAGAAUAGCGGUGCCGAUUGGGCAGAGCAAGUUCAUUCCAAAAAGAUUUACUAUAGGCUAGAUGCGAGGUACACGAUCAAAACAAACGAUGGCCAUCAUAUCUUUGUGCAGGCUCGUGGGCUAUUCCGACCUGGGCCGGGUAUCGAGUUCUCGCAGCCAGACUCGAUCGACGUGGAUUACACGCAGGACGAGGUGGAAUACUUUACUCACAUCACUUUUGAAGCAGCAGGAAAUAGUCCGUAUAAUUGGAUGAAUGGUAUUGUGGCUAUUGGAGCUUUGCAGUCAUACGGAGGGGCUGCUGUCAUAGAUUGCUGGCGGUUGACUAACUUCCUUGGACAGAAGGUAGAGGAUGUUUACGUAGGCAGAUAG